CAGCUCUCACAGACGUCAGCCUUGAUAAUAAUUAACAGAUACAGAAAACGUUCAAGUAGUACUAAUAAUCUCCCUAAUGAGCAGUGCGUAGCUAGGUGAUAAAACAGUCCGUAUAAAUACUGUAAAAACCUGCAAUUAUUAAUUCAAAUUUGCUCAAGCUUGUUGCCAUACGUGCUCUUCCAUUUACUUGUUAGAAUGGGAUUCCCAAAAUGUCUACCUAUUACCAUGUUUCUGAUCUCUAUGCUAUUCGCAGCGGCUUCAGCUGCAGACCAAUGCAGUUCUGCGAAUGACUGUAUCAAGCUCCAAAUAAGCUGUACCAGUGGUAAAUUGUUAAAAUGUAUUAAAGCUUUGUGCGUUUGUAUUUCAGUCCAUGUAUAGAACAAAUAAAUGGAACUAUACUGAAA